AUGCAGACACCUAGUACCUCCUCAGCCGUCUCUGUACCGUCAGACACGUCAUCUUCCGGAAAGAAAAGUAGCUCAAAUAAUGAAGGGGCACAAUCCGGUGUUGGAGAAGGAAUUAUAAGUGUAGGAGCAUCUUUGUCGGUCGUUGCAGACGGUGGUUCUGGAAAAGGAAAGGGAAGUGGUUCAUCUGAUGGAUCAAUGGAACCAGAUUUAGCAUUAUCUGAAAAUUCUAGUACCACGUCUACUAUGGCAACAACGACUACUACCUCUAAAUUGCCUGAUUCAAGAGAAUCGUUACCUGUGGAAAGCGCAAGUGGCACUGUUACGGGGGAAGAAAAACCUUCUGGAGUUUCAGGGGAACCAGUAUUUACUAUAUCAGACAACACCUGCUGCUCGUCUUCAAUGCCAUCAUCUUUAGUUAAAUCUAAAGAAUCUGGGCAAUUAGAUUCGUCACAUGUAUUAACCACAAGUAGCUCUACCACUGAAGGUGUAGAAUUAAGUGGUGCAAAUAGAUCUGUAUCAGCAGGAACGAACGUUCUCUCAGUACAAUCACCGAUUUCUGAACCAGAAUCUUCAACGUCUGGUAGCUCGUCUACCGUGCUAGUAGUGACUUCACCUUCUGAGAAGAUGGAACCAAUAGAUAUUCAAUCAGUGGAUAGCGCAAUUGGAACCAGUAUUAAAGAAGAAGAAACCGGUGAUGUUGACGGAUUUGCUGGUUUGGAAACACCAGCAUCGAGUGAAUCAGUUGAAUCAGAAUCAGUUUCGGAUAAUACACACGGUUUGUAUCAUGUGGAAACAGUAAGUAGCUCAAACAACGGAUCAUCGUCUUCAUUUGAAACAGGUGGUCCCUCCAUCAAGAGUGUCGAUGAUAGAGCUAAACCUUCAACUUCCACAACUGGAUCUGAAAUUCACUCAACAAGUCCUAGUAUUAAAACUACUACACGACCUAUUACAACAACAACUACAAAAAUGCCGUACACAACUACGGUAAAAACUACAACAGCUAAGUCAACUUCCAAACCAACUACAGCUAAGCCAGCAUCUCGCCCCAUUACUCGGCCUUCUCAGAAAGCGACAACACUGUCUCCAUAUGAAAAAUAUGGAGGAGUCAGUGUAUAUAAAGGUAGUGCUUUUUCGGAAUAA